GCAUUUUCUGAAAGUACACUGCUCUUUUAACAAGCUUAGGCCAGUCCGGCGGCGUGUAUUUAUUUAGAAGUAAUCCAUUAAAAACAAAUUGAAAUAAUGGCUUCAACAGUUGAACAACUUGCAUGUACGUACGGCGCAUUGAUCCUGGCCGACGAUGAUAUCACCAUCACGGCAGAAAAGAUCAGUACAUUGUUGAAGGCUGCAGAUGUCGAUGUUGAACCAAUUUGGCCUUCCUUGUUUGCCAGAGCUCUCACUGGGAUGAACAUCCGAGAGUUAGUGUCAAAAGUAGGAAGUGUGGGUGCUCCAUCAGGUGCACCUGCCGGAGGUGCCCCUGCCACUGGAGCUGCUCCUGCUGCUGAAGCUAAAAAAGAAGAGAAGGAAGAAAAGAAAGAGGAGGAGAAAGAAGAAGAGGAAGAUGAGGAUAUGGGCUUUGGUCUGUUUGACUAAACUUUGAAGCAAAACCGAGACUGUUCUAAUUUUUAUCAUUAAAUUUUUUAUUUAUUUCAAUGAAUAAAAAAUUUUCUCCACA